CCAAUCCCAUUGCAGAAAAGAUAAAGAAAUCAAUUCAAACUUUCGUUAUUCAUUCAUUCAUUCAUGGAUAUCGGUCUAAGCCGCCUUCCAAUGUUCGAAAUCGGACCCUGCGAUAGCAGCUACCAAAUGGGUUUUCAAAUUGGCCAGAAAUUCUCAAACCAGAUCAAAAGCAGAAUCGCCGCCGACCUUAUCCUCCGCAACCAGCUCCUCCCAUUCGCCCAAUCCCCCAUUUCUCGUCCCCUCAUCGGAGCACUCUCCGAUUCCAACCGCAAAAAGUUCCCCUCUUACUGGAACGAACUCCAAGGCACUGCCGACGGUAGCGGCGUCCCCAUGCUUCAUUUGCUGUUGCUUAACUUUAGAAAGGAGAUACUCCCGUUUGUGCCAAAGUCGAAGCUUUCCGAUGAAAUUGAUUCAGUCGAUGACUGCUCCGAUGUUCUUGUUGUUAACGAUUCCAUGGCUGUUGCAGCUCACAAUGAAGAUGCCAAUGUUGCCUUGAUUGAUCACACAUAUCUGAUAAAAUCAACUCUUCCAAGUGGUUUGAGUUUCACUGCUUAUACAUACGCUGGAGAACUCCCAAGCUGUGCAUUUGGUUUCAACAGCCAUGGACUUGCAUUCACCCUGAACUCAGUUCCUCCAUUGGAAUCAGAGAUUGAUGCAGGUGGGAUUGGCAGGAAUUUCAUUUCCCGUGAUCUUCUUGAAGCUACAAGCUUGGAGGACGCCUUAGAUAGGAUUCAUUCAUCGGCAGCCUCUGUGGGGCACAGUUACAAUCUGAUCGAUGUCAAAACAAGAAGGAUUGUAAACGUGGAGACAUCAUCGAGAAACAGGGUGUCGGUUCAUGAGAUUGGAGCAGAGCCUUUCUUCCAUGCAAAUAUGUAUCUUCACCUUAAGGAGGUUCAGCAGGCUGAUGAUGAGAGCUCGAAGAGAAGACAAAAGAGAGCAGCAGAGCUAUCAAAAAGAUGCAAACAAGAUUUUCUAUCAAUACUUGGAGACAUGAAUGAUGCAGAAUAUCCAAUCUACAUGACUGGUCCAGUGCUUUACACAUUAUGUACAGCAGUCAUAGAUUUGGAUGAAAGAACAUUAUCAAUCAUUGAAGGAAAUCCUAAGAACAGCAAUGGUCGAGUGUCAUACGUUUUCUCUUUGUUGUCUUAGAAGAACAACAACAAUCAAGGUUGAAGCUUUUAUAUGCUAAUAUCACUGUAUGUUUUACAAGGAAGGGGGCUUUUCCUCUUACUUAAAUUUCAUUGUUGUUAAUCCAUUUGGAGCUGUCAUAGGACAAGAGACUAAAGGUCUCAAGUUUGAUUCAAACUAAAAACGUUUUGAUUUAAUUAGAGUUACUGUAAUGAGGGGAUCAUGUUAGUUUUCUUGAUAAAGAUAAAAAAUAUUCAUUGUUGUUUGGGUAU